GUGCGAGCUCUGGAAGCGUGAACAGCCGCCCGCGACGACGCCCGCUGCAUCUCCGCACCCGCACAAGAAUCGCACCUCUCUUGGCCCCAGCAUUUCCAAGCAGCACCAAGAAUACGUCCCCUCGACCAAAUCUCCUUCAACCCAGCUUCUUUGACGGAAGCGUACGGACGCCUGGCGAGGAGCGGUGUUGCCCACAAUGAAGGCUGCUCCGCUUCUCGUGUCCUGGCACAACGAGAAUGCCCCCAUCUACUCCGCACAUUUCGAGCCGCACGGCAAGGGACGUCUAGCCACGGCGGGAGGCGACAAUAAUGUGAGGCUUUGGAGGGUCGAAGCCAACGGCGAGGAGCGGAAAGUCAGCUAUCUUUCGACGCUCGUCAAGCACACGCAGGCUGUCAAUGUCGUUCGAUGGUGUCCUCGAGGCGAGGCCCUGGCCUCCGCCGGCGACGACGGCAACAUCCUCCUCUGGGUUCCCGCCGAGAACCAGACGCACCACACCAACUUCGAGGAAGGCCUGGAAGACAAGGAGACGUGGCGGGUCAAGCACAUGUGCAGGUCCAUGGGCUCAGAAAUAUACGACCUAGCGUGGUCUCCCGAUGGCGUCUUCUUCAUCACAGGAAGCAUGGACAACAUUGCGCGGAUAUACAACGCUCAGACAGGAACAUGUGUGCGCCAGAUUGCUGAGCACAAUCACUACGUACAAGGCGUGGCCUGGGAUCCGCUCAACGAGUACGUUGCGACGCAGUCCUCGGAUCGCUCGGUGCACAUCUACACCCUGAAGACGAAAGACGGCCAGUUCUCACUAGCCCAGCACAGCAAAGUCACCAAAAUGGAUCUCCCUGCGCGACGAGUGUCCUCCAACAGCCCAGCGCCGCCCGACUUUGGUGGUCGAGCGUCCUUCGUUGCACACGAGUCGGGAUUGGUUGCUGGCUCUCCGGUUCCGUCGGCACCUGGAACUCCCCAAUCACUGGCGCUCCCGAUGAAUCCGCCUCCGACGUCGCACAGCCGCCGGUCGUCGUUUGGCUCGUCGCCUUCGAUGCGGCGAUCUGCCUCGCCGGCGCCGUCGAUGCCUCUUCCUGCUGUUAUGCCCAAUUCGCCUAGCAUUAGCAGCAUCGGGACUACCGGAGUCAGGAAUGCUCCCAUCUACGCUAACGAGACCUUUACUUCUUUCUUCCGGCGGCUUACCUUCGCACCAGAUGGAAGCUUGCUGUUCACUCCGGCUGGCCAGUACAAGACGCUGCAUCCUGCGGUUGGCGAUGCAGCAAAACCGACCGAAGACAUCAUCAACACCGUCUACAUCUACACCCGAGCUGGCCUAAACAAGCCUCCAGUCGCUUAUCUCCCAGGCCACAAGAAACCCUCCGUUGCUGUUCGGUGCUCCCCGGUGUACUACACCUUACGCCAAGCGAUCCCUCCAACCAAACAAAUCACGAUUGACACCUCGUCAGCAGAGGAUGAGAUUCCCGCAUUACCGGAACCCGCUAUGCCGUCCAAGGCACCCACUUCGCAUUCUUCCAUGGAGCCGCCGCCUUUGACCAGCGCACCCUCACCUUCGCCGAGCUUGGCAGCUGCAUCCCCGAAGCCUGCAGUUGAUGGUGAGACACCAAACCCAGGCCCGCCGCCGGGGCCCAUUUCGGCGUUUAGCCUGCCUUAUCGGAUGGUGUAUGCUGUUGCAACGCAGGAUGCGGUGCACAUUUAUGAUACGCAGCAGCAGAAGCCGUUGUGUGUUGUUAGUAACCUGCACUUCGCUACCUUUACGGAUCUCACAUGGUCAAGUGACGGAUCUACCCUGCUGAUGAGCUCUUCCGAUGGAUUCUGCUCGUCGCUCACCUUUGCACCUGGCGAGCUAGGAGAGAAAUACACAGGACCCCUCGCUAGCCAAUCACGGCACCACCAAACGCCUUCUAUCAACACGACUGCGUCGCAAUCAUCGAACCACUCCACCCCGACCCAGACACCCACGACGUCAAGCAUGCCGGUCACUGCCACAGCUACCGCGCCAGCGAUGCAGAAGCAGCCUUCCGCAGGGUUCCCGGCCUCUCCCAGCUCAAUCAUCCCAGCACGCCCAGGUAGUCCCACGAGAAGUAAUUCGGUCUCGAGUAUCGCUACCGCGUCCUCCUUCGCUCCAGGCGCAGGCGAUUCAAGCGUCAUGAAUGCGCCUACUCCGGCCAUGUCUUCAAUACCAGGAUUGGCAGCUGCAAAUUCGGGACCUGUAGGGGCCAUGCCUAUGUGGACGCCACCUCUCACGCCGGCGCAUGGACACGGCGGCACGCAUAGCGCGAGCAGCUCUGUCAGCGGCAUCCCGGGAAUUAGUGGCAGUCUUCGACGAGAGAGCGAGUCCGAGCGGGAAGAUGCGGCUUCUGCUCCAAGGAAGCGCGACUUGCACGCUGUACCAGAAGUUGAGGAAGGCAGGGAGCCUAAGAAGAGAAGGAUAGCGCCAACGCCUGUCACUGUUGGCCCGGCUGACGCAGGCGAGAGCGCGAUUGUGAGCACAGAAGAGAAUACGCCAACCGCUCAAACGCCGUCGGCGCAGUAACAAGCAAGAAAGUAGAGCAGCAACGAGGAAUACUUUCUCUUCUUGUCUAAGUAAACAGGUAGUAGUUCCGCUACAUUUUCAGGUUAGGAGUUAUGGAAGUGGAGCUGAGCGAUACCC